AUGCCCCUAGGCGUUUCGCAGGGGCGUUUCGCAAACGCGUUGCGCAACGCCUCUCCCAGUCGAUCGGACGUUCUCGUCUUCGACCAGGCGUCGACUGCCAGUGCUAUCAAGACAGAUCUCGGCCCCACUGCGGACGGUAUCGCUGGUAUGCCUGGUUUUGUUCUUUCGGGGUUCGGAGGCGAAAACAGUCCGCUCAUCAGUGAUCAGUGCCCUCACGUGCACCGGUUUCGCUCCUUGUGCAAGAAAUUGCUCUACGUGGUUACGCAUCUACCACAUUCACCACAUCGCAUCGGACACCACUUUUCAAGCGAGGGUUUUCGAUUGCUUGAAAUCGAUUGGACGCCUAUGUCGCUCUCUAGCACGAAGAGAAGGAGGAGCUUCAAUACAGACUCAGAUGACUCGGACUCAGACGAAGACGUGCUAUCUGCCAACAGCUCGGCUCAGCAUGAGCUCCUUAAACCGGAGCUUCUGGGACACGUCAAGUACGACGACCCUUCUGUCUUCAGGCGUCUUCGAAUUUAUGAUGAAGCCGACGCCGACAUCGAUCACUGCCACGAGAAGUACCAAGAGGUACAGGGGCAGCACCUCCGUAGGCUCCGCCAAAUCGCGGGGGAGCUACGCAAGGCUGUAGACAAGGAGGGCAACAUACAUUACCAGUCAGUCGAGAAAACGCCGAAGAAGAUAGAGCACGAGCACGAGAAGAUGAUGUACGAUCCAUUGACCGCCAUCUUCACAUUCUUGCAGAAAUUUGGAAACGACAAUGUCGGCGCGCUGCGCGAAUUCAAGUUCGCUGCCGAUACCGCCGUGCUCUUACCCCCGAGCCGUUCCGCCGAGGCCUAUACUCCAAGUGUCGCUAAAUUCCGCCCCGAUUUCAACCUGCUCGAUAAGACUGCAGAUGGUCCUUUCUGGGAUACCUGUGCUGGAUUCGCCGAGAUCAAGGUCAAAGAGGAGGAGAACAGUCUUCCCCACACUGAAUCGUCGAUAAAGCCAGCGAUCCUCCAGUGUGCGGAUUACGCGCGAUACCAUAUGGCCUUUCGGCCGUUCUGGAUCUUCAGUGUCACACUUCUCAUCACGGGCACAGUCUUCCGGGUCAUGAUCGUGGACCGCGAUGGCGUCGUUCUCUCCCCCCUUCACAGCAUCUACGACGACAACAAGAGCCGCGAUCCCGAGCGUCAGCCCGACGCAAAGACCUUCGUCCGUGUUGUCCGCGCACUCACGCGGCGCCUGACGGACUAUCAACUGGGGCAAGAUCCGUCUGUGACGCCAGUGACUCGCGACGAGCUUAGUGGAUACUUGCAGGAGUCCUCUAUCCCUGCUUCCGUCGAAUCCGUUAUUCACCUUGAGGGCGGAGACUACUACCCGUCCUACCGCAUCAGCCGCUUCGGUAACGAUUGUGGAACGUGGUGUACGGUCGGGCCACCGAUCUGGGUCUCCCUGUCGCUCCUCGGACGGGGCACGGAGGUGUGGCGUGUGGUCGAGCUCUACCAGUCGGGGGGAAAGUGGGUUCUGACGGGCGACAUUCACAUAUUGAAGUCCGCCUGGCGCAACCCUCUGAAGUUGGCCGAGACGGAUGUGUAUAAUGUGAUAGCGGGGCUCAAGCGCGAGGCUGAUGACGCGGAUGAGAGGACGAAGUCCGCGUCCGGAGCCGCUGAGCAGGACAAGAAGCCCACGUUCCCUGCGGGUAUCGCGACGCAUCGGUGUGGCAGCGAUGUGUUCUACUACGAGGAUCCUCGGACGUGGUCGAAGAUCACCACUGCGCACCUCCGAGGUGACGUCGACGAUCCGAACCGUCCUUCCAAGGCUCUCCAUCGCAUCAUACUCUCGAUGGUCGGACAACCUCUGUGGAAGUACACUGAUGAGCUCCAGCUGCUCAACGCGUUUUACGCAAUCGUCGAAGCGCACCAGUAUCUAUGCGAGAAGGGAAUUCUUCACCGCGACAUCAGCGCUGGCAAUAUGCUACUCUGGCCGGGUGGCGCUGCUGCGGGCUUUCUCUACGACUUCGACAUGGCCGACGUCGUACGUUCGUUGGCUGAUCACCUCAUCACCCAGGAAGCUGUUGAUCCUGUCCGGAGAAGUGGCAAUUCCAGGAGUGGCAAUCUCGUGAUGACCCAGGGGAGCGUUCGAUCAAGGGUUGAUUAUACGACAUCGAGACAACAAGGAGUGCCUGUGACGGGGACACUUCAGUUCAUGGCUUUGGAACUGCUUCAAGCUGUUCAUGCUGGAAUUCCAAUGCCGCAUCACUCUGCACACGAUCUUGAGUCGAUUGCGUAUGUCCUGGGCUACACAGUCUUGCGGCGUCUUGUCACUACUCCGGGUUGUCCAGAAAGCCUCGACAAGGUCUUCGACACUCAUUUUGGUGGCAUGACAGUUGAAGCCAUAAUCUAUGAACGAGCUAAUGGACCACAGCCACUCUCCUGGGCUUAUCGUCACAAAGAUGAUCAGAUCAAACAAUUUGCCCUAGAGCAUAUGUCAUAUGCUCUUAACACACUGUUCAGGUCACUGCGAAGAAAGCUGGCAAGAUUCUAUACAGCUCAGGAAGACAGUCAAGAAGAUCAGUACGUUUCCAUGUCCUUGUCUGAGUAUAAUGUCCAUGAGGAUGAUCAACAUGAUGAGGAGCGCAUAACUCAUGCAUUCUUCUUGAAGUUGUUGAAAGAAGCUAUCGACACAUUGCAUCAAUAUCCAUCGAUGGUGAAGAAGUUCGAUCCUGAGCUGGAAACCUUGAGGCCUCUGUCUACAGCUCAGUCAGGCUCUGACAAGCCUUCCAAGAAGAAAGCCAGGGCAAACAAGAAGUAGGAUAGUUGGAGAUCACCAGUUAGCAUUUACAUGGAAUAGGAGAUGGAUAAAUUGAGAUAUGAAAAAAUGGGAAUGUGUACCAAUGGAAUGGGCUGUACAACUAGCCUUGCUCCAUCUGUGAAUCAUAUAUUGCAUGAUUGAUACUGCUCGACAACAGCCAUAGCAUUGACACUCGAGUAUGCACGCGAC